CAGAGGAGCUGAAUCAGCUGGCUGAGGCGUAGUGCCUCUCUUUUUCCUUUAUUGGGGGCAGGAAAGGUGCUGUGAAGAGGAAUCCGGGUGGGAUCAUUCAGAAGGUGACAGCAGAUGGUAGGAAGGCUGGACUCUCAACAAGCCAAGCAUCAGAGAACAGCAGCUGCCCAGUGCCAGAGCCAGGAAGACCAGGGCAGCCGGGCGGGACAGUAUCGCUGGGACAGAGGGGGCAAGGACACACAGCCAGGCGCAGACUGUCAGCUGGCUCUUCAUGUCAGCAUGAGCAGUAACCAGGGCACCAGGCAAUUGGCACAUCAGCCUAUGAGAAUUCAUGGGAGGUUAUUUCUUAAGUGAAAUUCUAAAGAGUUAAAGGAUGAAUUUGGACAGUGAUGGAAUGGAUGACAUCAUCAGUCAAGAAUCCCCAUUGGAUAUGGAGGGGAAUUAUAAAAAGGCACAGAAAAAUGAGAGAGAGUCUAUCAGACAGAAGUUGGCACUUGGAAGCUUCUUUGAUGAUGGCCCAGGAAUUUAUACCAGCUGUAGCAAGAGUGGGAAGCCAAGCCUUUCCUCUCGACUACAGAGUGGGAUGAACCUGCAGAUAUGCUUUGUCAACGACAGUGGCAGUGAUAAGGACAGUGAUGCUGAUGACAGCAAGACUGAAACCAGCUUGGACACCCCCUUGUCUCCCAUGAGCAAACAGAGUUCUUCCUACUCCGACAGAGACACUACUGAAGAGGAAUCCGAGUCCUUGGAUGACAUGGACUUCCUCACAAGGCAAAAGAAAUUGCAGGCUGAAGCCAAAAUGGCCCUUGCCAUGGCCAAACCAAUGGCUAAAAUGCAAGUAGAAGUGGAAAAACAGAACAGGAAAAAGUCUCCCGUCGCUGAUCUUCUGCCACACAUGCCUCAUAUAAGUGAAUGCUUGAUGAAAAGAAGUUUAAAACCCACUGACCUGAGAGACAUGACUAUUGGGCAGCUACAAGUGAUAGUCAAUGAUCUCCAUUCCCAGAUAGAAAGCUUGAAUGAAGAGCUGGUCCAGCUGCUCCUCAUCCGAGAUGAGCUGCACACAGAGCAGGAUGCCAUGCUGGUGGACAUCGAAGACUUGACCAGACAUGCUGAAAGUCAGCAGAAGCACAUGGCAGAGAAAAUGCCAGCAAAGUGAAAAGAAGCCAUCCAACCAGAGGACAAGCUAGAAUUUAUUUUGCUUCUGUGGUUGUAAAAAUGCUAUUGCUAAAGGUGGCACAGAAACAAAUAUCAGUGUUAGUCAUUGAUAAUGUCUGAAGCUUAAUGUCCAGUGAUUGGCCUUUGCUUCUUAAUUUAUUUUAAUUUUUUACUUGUGCCACUUAAUAUCAGGCAUUUUAAUAAAAUAUUGUUACAAAAAAUGUACAGUACUUACACCAUCACAAAUCAUGGUUAAUCAAAGAGGGUAGUUUUAACUUUAUUUUUAUUUGUUUAGAGAUUUUAAGUUGGAGCAGUAUUUUACCAUUGACUACUUUCAUUCUUCACUGUAGUUUUAAAGAGGAACUGUAAAUGACGGUGCUAUACUAGUAAAAAAAAAUACAUGCCUGCCUCGUAGUGAAGUUGUAGCUCUCCAUGAUAUGUAUAUUUUAAUCAGUUUUCAACAUUUUGUGAAUGUUGACUACCUGAAGUUCAUUUUUAGAUGUGCUAUUAACAUUCUGUUGGAUUCAGAGGGUUCCUUGAAAGUUUUAUGUAUAAAUAUGUAAAAUAAAAAUGAAAACUUUGUUUCA